CUUUAUUAAUAUCAAUAAUCCAAUUUUAUUCCAUUUCACAGCGAAGAUAAGCAGAGCUUUCAAUAUAAGCAAAAGACAAAACCUCAGAUAAGAUCAUAGCAGAGAAGAAGAUGUAUCAAGAUCAACAACAUCCCGUUGGUGCUCCUCCUCCUCAAGGGUAUCCUCCAAAGGAAGGAUAUCCACCACCGGGAUAUCCUCCAGCAGGUUAUCCUCCACCACCGCAGGGAUACGGUCAGGCAUAUCCAGCACAAGGGUAUCCUCCUCCACAAUAUCCUCAAGGUCCUCCACCUCAGUAUCCUUACCAGGGCCCUCCGCCCCCACAGUAUGCCCAGGCUCCGCAAAAGAAGAAGAAAGAUAAAGAUUCAGGAUUUGUCGAAGGAUGUUUGGCUAUGCUCUGCUGUUGCUGUCUUUUGGAAGCUUGCUUUUGAUAGAAGGAUGAGAUGAUAUUUGCCGUUGACCGUCUUCGGAUGCCAUUGUAUUCUAUAAAAAAGGUGUUUGAUCAAAACAUUUUGAUAUCUUCUUCUUGAUAAGUGUGUGUGUGUGUGUGUAUAUGUGCGUUCACGUUUUGUGUUUGGUUCUGUUCUUUUUGCUUUGGUUAUGAGUUGAUUUUUUUUUACUACAGGUCUUGUUUUAUUUUAUUGAUCAGUAUUUGUUUGAUUAAGGGUUCGUGUCACUUUUGUAUAAAACGCAUUAAUUUUUUCAGUAGAGGAACAAUGAAUAACCAACUCGUUUUUUUUUGCCUCCUAAUUCUCAUCAAAUGUGAGAAGGGUGACCGAAGAAUCUGAUUUGAAAUCAAAGUCGAUGACAUAGCCAAACAUACACACUUUUGACAUG